AUACCCAUUUUGGCCUUUGGCCAGUAAAUUAAUUUCUCAUAUUUAAACAUUCUUUGUUCUUCUACAAUUACUAGAACCUUGAGGAAAUAGAAACUUCCUCUGUUUUCUGAAAACAAAAACACUACAAAAACUGUUGAGGAGUAACCAAUAACCCUUCACUGGUCAACUGAAUCUUUGAUUUCUAAAAAUGGAAGCAGCAUUUCUAUGAUGCAUUCUCUUUUAAGUUAAUCUGCAAUAGUACUAAAUAUGGCAGCAAAAUGGGGAAGAGCUUGUCAUGGAGAAAUGAAUUUACUAUCGCUUUUAUAUAUCUAAUCAGAAUUAGUCAAAUUUUGCAUACCAAAUUAGGUUCUGUGAUUCUCAUUUGUUUUCCCCUUCUCAGCAAGGGUGUCGGAAUCUGAAAUUUUUAAAUCUGAAACUUAACAAAAAAUAAAAUAAAAUAAAAUAAAAAUAUUUCCAAAAUUAAAGAAAUCUUGGAUGGCUGAGAUUGCUGCCUUUCUUGGGGGGAAACCUAGUUAGUUCUGGAGUCAAAUUUCAGGUUUAGUUUGGCUAAGAAUGCUUAUUGACCAAAAAAAGCAUACAAAAUAGAAGGACAGCUAAGGAGGUCAAAAGGGUAUUUGCGUAUUUGUCAGUUUUUAGAAUAUCGUUAGCCUGAAGAGAGAAACUUGAAAAGGGCCAACAUGCCCCCAUCAGGGUCGCAAAUGCAUCUAAUUUACUCUCUUCCAAUCAACUCUUGAUUCCAAUUUCUCCGUUGUCAAGUUUAAGAGGGUUUCAGGAAGGCACUGCAAUUCUAUCAUCAGGGUUCAAUAGUGGAUAGGCAAUGGGACAUUGUUGGAGCAAGGUUAGCAUGUGUUGCCGUGGUCAAAACGUUGGUGGUGAUGAUAACAAGAGAAACAUUCAGAAUGAGCAUGCAGAAUGUACCUGUAAAAAUAUCCACCAAAUAAAUACCAUCCAGAAAUGGGAGGAAAAGCUAUCAGAAGCCAGCAGGGAUGGCAAGAGUAUAAUUGUAAAUUUCUGUACAUCAUGGUGUUCUCAUUCUAAAUCAAUCGCACCAGCCUACUGUGAUCUUGCUGACAAAUAUCCCUCUAUCAUAUUUUUAAGUAUAGAUACCGAUAAGCUUCCGGAGUUUAGUUCUUCAUGGGAAGUUAAGUCCACUCCCACAUUCUUCUUCCUUAAAGAUGGGCGACAAGUUGACAAACUUGUGGGAGCCGACAAGCCAGAGCUCCAGAAAAAGACUGCUGCUGUUUCUAGUCUUCCAAAUGACUCUAGGUGAAUGACUUUGUCUGAAGUCCUGUCUUAUUAUUCUCCUCAUCAGAUUCUUGGCAGAACCAAUCUUGUGUUAGCACGUAGUAGCAGUUGGCAAAUGUCAUUUCACAAUUUUCCUUGCAUUAUCCAAUCAAGCACACAAGAUAUAGUGGCGUUUGAAGGUUACAAUCAAUCAGAUGCUCAUGAAUCGCUUGUCUGAAGAGACUUCUCCAGCUUCAUUGCAACCUUAGUGUUCUCCAAACAGUUUCCCUUCUGCAGAUCUCUUCGAAACUGCCUAUUCAGGGACUAGACAAAGCCAUAAUUGCAAUGACAAUGGAGAGUGCACAGAAAUGAGAUAAUGUAAAUAGAAGUUCCAGAAGAAGAGAAGCCAGAUGCAAUGCCUGAUCAUUGCAAUUGAAAAUGAGAGUUGGGAAAUCAGGGCACUCAAUCAUCUUAAGGCAAAUGAAGAUAUCGUCAAUCUGGACAAGAAGGCACUAAUUAGCCCCCAAGGGAGCUGCAGAAGAGACUCUGCUAGAGUUGAUGAGUUCUUGAGAAUAUUUGGUAGAAAAUUAUGUAUGCAAGAAAAGGAAAUAUUUUGAUGUAAUGUGUUUUUGUUGAAAAGGAGAGGUUCUCUAUAUUUGGAGCAUUAAAUUUAGGAAAUUGGCUUGUAUGGUUUGGAUUUGUUAACUUGAAGAAGACUUCUUGCCUAUGAAAAGGAGAGUGAUGUGUAGAGAAAGUGAGGGAGAAGAGUGAGUGUGGGGAGAGUUGAGAGAAAAUGAAGAAGAAAAAAAAAUAUUUAUUUAAUGUUUGUAUUGUUUUGUUUUGUCAAUGAAGCUUAUGUUUUCUCUCCA